AUGGCCUCUCCCACCAAGCUAACAGUAACACCACUCCUCUUCAUCAUCACCCUCAUCUCCAUCUCCAUCUCCCCCGCCUCCGCGAAAACCUUCCGCUGCACCUCCGGCGGCGCCACCUGCGACGCCGUGGUCGACUACGUGUCCCCCAACCGCACCACCCUCGGCGCCAUCCAGUCCCUCUUCACGGUGCCGCACCUCCGCUCCAUCCUCGGCGCCAACAACUUCACCCUCAACUCCACCGGAAGAACCCCCGUCGAAGCGAAGCAGACGGUGAGGAUCCCCUUCCCCUGCAUCUGCCGCAACGGCACCGGCGUCUCCAACGGCCGCCCCGUCUACACGGUGGUGUCCGGCGACGGGCUCUACCACAUCGCGGCGGACGUCUUCUCCAACAUCGUCACCGUCGCAGAGAUAGUGGCCGCCAACAACAUCGAGAAUCCUGACGUCAUCUUGGUGGGCCAGAACCUGACGAUUCCGAUGCCCUGCAGCUGCGACGCCGUCGACGGGGCGGCGGUGGUUCACUACGGCCACGAGGUGGCGGCGGGGAGCUCCAUUGAGGGGAUUGCUCAGCAGUAUAACGUGUCUCAGGAGACGCUGAUGCAGCUCAAUAAUCUCACCGGCCCUCAAGACCUCAAGGCUGAAGACAUUAUUGAUGUUCCUUUAAGAGCUUGUUCUUCGAUGGUAACCAACAGCUCGUUGGACUACCCGUUGCUCGUUCCAAGCAAUGCCUACGUGGUCACUGCUAAUACUUGUGUGAAGUGCAAGUGUAAUACUGCAAUGAACACUAUGUUACAAUGUGAACCUGCUGGCAUCAAUUCAUCGUGUCCUCUAAUCCCAUGCGAGGGUUCAGCGAAUUUCUUGCUUGGAAACACAACAACUUCCGGUUGCAAUGCCACCACCUGUUCCUACGCCGGUUACAAUCGAACGAUACAGACAAUGGUGGACACGGUGUCAACUUGCCCCGCUCCUCCAAGCCCCGGAUCGUCUGCAACGAGCUUGUGGCAAGGUUGGAGAUGGAAUGGACUCAUGAUUUUCAUGCUUUGUGUGCUUCUUGUCUGAGCCGUUCUUGAGGAUUUUCAGUGCAGUUGUUGGAGAAAUAAGUUGCGCGGAUUUGUAUAUUGCAAAUUUGAUUUGGACAGGAAACAUUAGGAAAUAAGAAAUUGAGUAAUUUGUAAUGUGAGGCUGAUUGUCCUCGUUUGGUUAUGUUGUAGUACUACUAUAUAAUGUCCCUAUUUUCUUGAUAUUAUUUUUUUUGAAAAAUAUUUUCUUGAUAUUA